GCGCCGAGCCGGGAGCCGGCUGCCUCGCUUUGCGUGACCGCGGCAGGUUGGUCCUGGAGCAGAUGAGCGCAGAAUAUUUGAGGCGAAAGCGAGAGGAGGGGGGGAGCGCGGGGCAGGAGGAGUACCUCGGCCAAGAAAAUUAUGCAUGCGUUAGGGAAGCUCUGAGAGAAUGGCUGUGGAAGCUCUCCACUGUGGUUUGAAUCCACGGGGUAUUGAUCACCCUGCCCAUGCUGAAGGUAUUAAACUGCAAAUUGAAGGUGAAGGUGUGGAAUCUCAAUCCAUUAAAAACAAAAAUUUCCAGAAGGUGCCUGACCAGAAAGGAACUCCCAAGCGACUGCAGGCAGAAGCUGAGACGGCUAAGUCAGCUACGGUGAAGCUAUCUAAACCGGUGGCUCUAUGGACCCAGCAGGAUGUCUGCAAGUGGUUGAAGAAACAUUGUCCGAAUCAGUAUCAGAUCUACAGUGAGUCAUUCAAACAGCAUGACAUAACUGGGCGAGCCCUGCUGAGACUUACUGACAAAAAGCUCGAGCGAAUGGGGAUUGCCCAGGAGAACCUCCGGCAGCACAUCUUACAACAGGUGCUCCAGCUGAAGGUGCGAGAAGAAGUCAGAAAUCUACAGUUACUCACACAAGGAAAUGCUGAAUGAUGUACAAGAAGCUAAUACAAGCUGCACCUGUGGGACAGGGAAUAUGGUGGAUGGAGAGAGGGUGUGUGCCUUUUAUGUCACUUUGUUUGAUGAAAUGUAUGAGUAUAUUAACUAUUUAAAGGAAUAAAAUUUUUAAAAAGAAACAAGAAGGAAAAAGGGUGAAUUUUGGCAUCAGACAGGCCCAAAUUUUAAAUCCUGUACCUAACACAUUUUGCUGUGCUCACCAAAUAGGGAUGUUGUAAGAAUUAAGGGAGCUAAGAUAUGUAAAUCACUCGAUACAGUAUGAUAGUAAAUGCAGAAUAUUGUUGGCUAUCAGUAAUAGAAGCCACGCAAUUUAAUCAACCUCAUACAUUUAUAAUAAUCCUUAUUUUUAUAACAUCUUCAUAGAGAUAUAAUUCACAUAACAUACAACUUACCCACUUAAGGCUUAAAAUUCAGUGAUGUUUAGUGUGUAAAGAGAGUGGUGCAACCAUCACAAUAAUUUACAUAUGCGUAUAAGAGAGGAUGAAGAGGUUAAGUAAUAUACUCAUAGUCAGACAACUAGUAAAAAGCAUAGCACAGGUCUGUCUGACUCCACAGCAAACUUUUACCCAUUACACUUUAUUGCCUUUAUUAUGUCAAAUGGGCUAAUAAUUUCCAUCUCCAGGUGGUUGUUAAAUGAGAUUUUAUGUAGAAACCGUAUAAUAGAGUUCAUUGCAUAUUCUAUGACAGAGGUUGGCAAACCUUUUCUGUAAAGGACCAGUUUGUAAGUAUUUUAGUCUUUGCCAGCCAUAUGGUAUCUGUUGCAACUACCCCCACUAGGCAAAACCCAACCAUAGACAAUACUUAAAUGAAUUAGGCAUAGCAGUGUUCCAAUACAAUUUUAUUUACAAAAAGAAUUACUGAUACACAUCAAAGGAAACAACAGAGUGAAAAGACAACACACAAUAGAAAAUAUAUAUAAAUCACAUAUCUGAAAAGGGGUUAAUAUCCAGAAUAUAUAAGAAACGUCUAUAACUCAACACAAGGGGGAAAAAAAACAAGCCAAAUAAUAAAAUAAGCAAAGGAUUCAAAUAGAGAGUUCUCCAAAAAAGGUAUGCAAAUGGCCAACAGGCGUAUGAAGUGAUGCUCAACAUCACUAAUCAUUAGAGAAAUGCAAAUCAGAACCACACAUCAUCUCACACCCAUUAGAAUGGCCACUACCAAAAGAACAGAAAAUAACUAGUGUUGGCAAGAAUGUAGAGAAAUUGGAUCCCCUGUAUACUGUUAGUGGGAAUAUAAAAUUGUAUAGCCAUUAUGGAAAACAGUAUUGAGGUUCCUCAAAAAACUAAAAAUAGAGUUACCAUAUGAUACAGCCAUCUCACUUCUGGGUACAUAUCCAAAAGAAUUCAAAGCAGGAUCUUGAAAUAAUUGUACACCCAUGUUCAGUGCAGCAUUAUUCACAAUAGGCAAGAGAUAGAAGUGACCCAAAUGUCUAUCAACAGAUGAAUGGAUAAAGAAAACAUGGUAUAUAUACAAAAUGCAAUAUUAUUCGGCCUUUAAAAAGAAGGAAAUCCAACCACAUGCUGCAUGAUAAACCUCAAAGACAUCGUGCUAAACAAAAUAAGCGAGUCACAAAAGGACAAAUAAUGCAUGAUUCUACUCAUAUGGAGUAUCUAAAAUAGUCAAAAUCAUAGAAACAAGUAAAAAAGUGGCUACAAGGGCUUGGGGGAGGAGGAAUUUGUGUUUCAUGUACAAGUUUCAGUUUUGCAAGAUGAAACCUCAUAGAGAUCUGGUGCACAACAACUUAGAUAUACUUAAUAUACUUAAUAUGACUGAACUGUAUACUUAAAAAUGGUUAAGAUAGUAAAUUUACCACAGGUAAAAAAAAAUUGCUAGCCCAUUGUUUGUGGACCCCUGCUUUACGAAGUAAAAAAAUGCAAGCUUUUGAAAUCAUCAUCAAGAUUAUUAUUUUUAUUGUUUUAUUUUCUCAUGCUGUAGUGUGGAACUAUUUUUGGGGUGUCCCUUUUAGUGACUUUCUUGGCUGCAAAUACAUAGAAAGUGUAAAAAUAUAUCAGCAACUAUGAGGGUUGGGUAAAUUCAAGCAAUAGAAAACAGUGGCAAGUAAGGCAGAUGUGAGUAGUAGAUGCUACCAUCCUCAUAUGCCUUCAUAAUUAUUCCCUAUAAGAUGAAAAAAGAAUAGUAUGUUUGUUUACCAGGGCCAGUUAUAGCUCAUUAAACAUUAGUGUUUCCUGAAGAACUUUUUUCACAUUGUCCAAAUAUAUGUGUCAAAUUUUACUUGGGAAUUGCAUAACCAGAUGGACUUUCCCAAAGCUCUGUCUUUUGGAACAACAAAAAUUAGAAACACUACUUUCUAAUCCAAGAAGACUUUUUAGAACUAUAUGUACGGACUAGCUAUUUUAGUCCAGUCACCUCCGCAAUGAUACUUCAGCAACUCAAGUAGGCCAUCUGAACUGAAGUAGGCCAUCUGGUCCACCACCUUGCUUAAAGAAGGAAGUCUUUGUAGAAUGGAGCAAUAGACUUGUUGAGCUAUUGUCCAGUCUCAUUUUGCAGAUUUGGGCACCAAGACCCAAAGAGGAUUAGAGGUUUGUUCCUAGUUACACAGCUAGUUAGUGGCAUAACUGAGACUAGAUUGCAGUUCUCCUCAUUCCCAUGCCAGUAUUCUUUUUAUCUCAUUGUUUUUAUUAAGGUAUAUUCUGUAUUGCAUACAGUAAAAUUCACCAUUUUUAGUGCACAGUUAUGCAAGUAUUGGCAAAUGCACACAGUUGAAUAACUACCACAACAAUCAAGAUAGAAAAUUUCUAUUUCUCCAGAAAAUACUCUCCCAAUGCUCCUUGGUUGUCAGCUCCUUUUAUUACUACCAGCCCCUGGCAACCUAUGAUGUUUUCCAUCCCUACAGUUUUGCCUUCUCCACAAAGCUAUAUAAAUGGAGUCAUAGUGUCUGAAUUCUUUGACUUCUGGAGAUGGAUUUAGACUUAUCAAAGCUGUGAUGUGUCAUCAUCCCAUUCACUUUCAUUGCUGAGUAUUCCACUAAAUGUAUUGGAUUGGUGCAAAAGUAAUUGUGUUUUUUGCCAUUAUUUUUAAUGGUUAAAAACUGCAAUUACUUUUGCACCAACCUAAUAUACCCACAGUUUGUGUAUCCAUUCCCCAGCUGUGGGACAUUUGAGUUGUUUGCAGGUUUGUUUGACACAAAUAAAGCUGCCAUAAGCACUCACACAUAGGUUUUUAUUAUAAACACUGAUUUUUAUUUCACUAAAAAAGUAAAUAUCUAGAAGUGGAAUUGCUGAUUGGUAUCUUAAAUGUAUGUUUGACUUCAUAAGAAACUGCCAGAGCAAUAUUCUUAAGAUGGUGGAAAAAGAAGAAAAACAGAAUUAGAGACUGGCUUUAAUACAUAUGAAAACAAUGGGAGAUUUUCUGAAAAGAAAAAAAAAUACUGCAUCUUUGUAGAAGUUCUACCUAGUGCUUCCUGGAGCCACCAGUAUCAUUAGGGGCCCCAAUUUCCUGAGAGUCUCAGGUCAAACAUGUUUACCGUUAACUCAUUUAUUCAAAACAAAUUUUCUCAGUAUCUAUUGACCAGGCAAUAGGAUAUGUCUUUCUACAAGUGACAUUGAGAAAUGCUUCCUUUUGUCUCUCUUCUGAGGAAGAGAAUCUUCUUGCUCCUGAGAAAGAAAACAUGAGCCAGUCAGAUUCUUUUUUAUGCAUAUGUGAAGAAUGUCUGAUGUUCUAAUUUUCUAGUAUGUCUCAAAUUAUGCUACUUGAAUUUCCAGGCUCUUUCAUGCCUUUUAUUUAGUUGAGGCUUUGGUGUUACAAAUCUGAUGUUCACAUGCCAGUUCUCUUCAACACAGUUCUUCUGCUUUAUCAUUGGAUAGCAUGAGCUUUUCCUUGCCUUGGUGCUCACAUGUUCCAUGUACAGGAUAUUGACUCUCUCAGUUCUCUUUCUAAUGGCCUCUCUCAGGCUGUUGGCAAACUGCCCUCUUCUGCCACGUCCCAAAUAUUGAUUCCUCCUGGGGGUAGGUCCUCUUAGUUGUUGGCAUUUUGCAUGCUGCCUGGACAAUCUCACCCUCUACCGCUUAAGCAUCCCCUACUUUAUAGUGACUCUCAGAUUUACGUUUUAGACCUCUCUGAAACUACAGAUUCUUAUUUUUCUCUCUCUAAAAGAUGUGUACCCCUCAAUAUUUCUCUGACAUCUCAAAUUUAAAAUAUCUGAAUCUAACCCAUUAUCUUUUCUACCAUCUCCCCAGUCUGUUCUUCCUCCUGUGUUGGUUCUCAAGGUUAAUACCUCCAUGACUCACGCUGUCACCUGUCAUAGAAGGCUCAGAGUCACCUGUGAUUACUCCGUUUUCCUCAUCACUCACAUGGAGUCCAUGACCAAAUCCUCAGAGUUCUGCUUGUGAAGUGAGUUUCCCAUCUUUCCCAGCCUUAUCUCUAUCCUAACCACUGUGUUAAUUCAUUCCUCUUCAGCUCUUUCCCAGGCCAUUUGAAUAACCUUCUAGUUAUCAUUUGAUCUGAAGUCUCUGUCCUGCUCCCUCAAUUCUACUUCAAUUAACUUCCCACUUCUAUUGCCAGAGUUAAAUAUAUUUCUGACAACAUUAUUUCCAUCCUUAAAACAUUUAAUGGUUCCCAAUUACCUACAGAAUAAAAGUCAAACUCUUUAGCAUCACACAGCCAUUCUAGGCAUUUCAUGGAUGUAUUAACUUUGGGCAAGUUGCUUGUCAGAAAUUAAGAUAUCUUCAUUAUAAAAAUGGGAAUAAGAUCUAUUUCACAGGGUUGUUAUGAAUAUUGUAUAAUAAAACUCACGAAAAGACAUAGCCUUGAUGAGAUAUUAACUCUUCUGAGAAGACUUACCUCAUCUUUCAGGCAGAACCAAUCAUUCUCCUAUCCAUCUGCAUUUCUUUUUAAAAAAAAAAUUUUUAUUUAAGUUCCAGAGUACAUGUGCAGGAUGUGCAGGUUUGUUACAUAGGUAAAUGUGUGCCAUGGUGGUUUGCUGCACCUAUCAACCCAUCACUUAGGUAUUAAGCCCGGCAUGCAUUAGCUAUUUUUCCUGAUGCUCUCCCUCCCCACCACCCUCCACCCUGACAGGCCCCAGUGUGUGUUGUUCCCCUCCCUAUGUCCAUGUGUUCUCAUUGUUCAGCUCCCACUUAUGAAUUAGAACAUGAAGUGUUUGGUUUUCUGUUCCUGCAUUAGUCUGCUGAGGAUAAGGGCUUCCAGCUCCAUCCAUGUCCCUGCAAAGGACAUUAUCUCAUUCCUUUUUAUGUCUGCAUAGUAUUCCAUGGUGUAUAUGUACCACAUUUUCUUUAUGAAGUCUAUCAUUGAUUGACGUUUGGGUUGACUCCAUCUCUUUGCUGUUGUGAGUAGUGCUGCAGUGAUUAUAUGCAUGCAUGUGUCUUUAAAACAGAAUGAUUUAUAUUCCUUUGGGUAUAUACCCAGUAAUAGGAUUGCUGGGUCAAAGGAUAUUUCCAGUUCCAGGUCUUUGAGGAAUCACCACAUUGUCUUCUACAAUGGCUCAACUAAUUUGCAUUCCCACCAACAGUGUAAAAGCAUUCCUAUCUCUCCACAACCUCACCAGCAUCUGUUUUUUCUUGACUUUGUAAUAAUCUCUGUUAGGACUGGCGUGAGAUGGUAUCUCACUGUGGUUUUUAUUUGCAUUUCUCUAAUGAUCAGUGAUGUUGAGCUUUUUUUUCAUGUUUUUUGGCCACAUAAAUGUCUUCUUUUGAGAAGUGUCUGUUCAUGUCCUUUGCCCACUUUUUAAUGGGGUUGUUUGUUUUCUUCUUGUAAGUUUGUUUUCUUCUUGUAAAUUUGUUUAAGUUCCUUAUAGACUCUGGAAUAUUAGACCUUGGUCAGAUGGAUACGUUGGAAAAAAUUUCUCCCAUUCUGUAGAUUUUCUGUUCACUCUGAUGAUAGUUUAUUUUGCUGUACAGAAGCUCUUUAAUUAGAUCCCAUUUGUCAGUUUUUACUUUUGCUGCAACUGCUUUUGACAUUUUUGUCAUGAAAUCUUUGCCCAUGCCUAUGUCCUCAAUGGUAUUGCCUGGAUUUUCUUCUACAGUUUUUGUAGUUUGGGAUUUUACCUUUAAGUUUUUUGUUGUUGUUGUUGUUGUUGUUGUUUUAUUUUUGUUUUGGUUUUUGUGGGGUUUUUAUAUUUUAUUUUUUUUGAGACAGAGUUUUACUCUUGUUGCCCGGGCGGGAGUAUAAUGGCGUGAUCUCAGCUCACUGCAACCUCCGCCUCCUGGGUUCAAGCAAUUCUCCUGCUUCAACCUCCUGAGUAGCUGGAUUACAGGUGCCCACCACCAUGCCCAGCUAAUUUUUGAAUUUUUAGUAGAGAUGGGGUUUCACUAUUUUGGCCAGGCUGGUCUCGAACUCCUGACCUCAGGCAAUCCACCAGCCUCAGCUUCCCAAAAUUCUGGGAUUACAGGAGUGAGCCACUGUGCCUGGCCUACGUUCAAGUUUUUAAUCCAUCCUGAGUUAAUUUUUGUAUAAAGUGUAAGGAAGAGGUCCAGUUUCAAUUUUCUGCAUAUGGCUAGCCAGGUUUCCCAGCACCAUUUAUUAAAUAGGGAAUCCUUUCCCCAUUGCUUGUUUUCGUCAGGUUUGUCAAAGAUCAGAUUGUUGUAGGUGUGCACUCUUAUUUCUGAGUUUUCUAUUCUGUUCCAUUGGUCUGUGUGUCUGUUUUUGGCCCCUCUGCAUUUCUUAGCACUUUGUUCAGACUAAUAAUACUGUAUUCAUCACAUAGUAUCCAUUAUUCUUCCAUCCAGUGUGCUCCACACUUUGUGCGAGGUACUAGAGAUAAAAAGGGAGUGCCCAUUCUAGCAAUAAGGAUAGAGUGAUGUAUGCCAUUAUAGAGACACAUGAUAGUAUAAUGAUGGCACACAGCUGGAACUCAGCCUCACUUGGGAAUAGGUGGGAUAAGGAAGACUUGCCAGUGCUACAACAGAUGAGCUAGUUUUUAAGGGAUAAAAAUGUUAACAGAUGCACAAAGGGUGGCAGAAAGGGAAGCCUGUAUAAAAGCAUGGUAGUGCUUUGUCUUCCUUGUAGACUAUGAGCAAACUUCAGUUGUGUUCUAAUUUUACUUUGCGUAUUGCUAGCGAGAGGUGGAUCCUCUGUAUGUUUUUGCUAAUAUAAAUUUAAUUGUUGCCCUUUUCUCUCAUUUUCUUCCUCUAUUUCAUUUUCCACUAAAUCUUCUCAAAGCAGUGAAUGCAAUAUCAAUUUUCAUGGAUUCACAAGAAAAUAAACGUAGCUACAAAGCCAUUUUGAAUCAUCUUUCACCAUGAGCAACAUUACCUAGGAUCUCCUUUUUUAAGAAUCUCUUCAUUCCCUUGUGAUCUUUUUCUAUUGACCCAUCAAGUAAAGACAAUGGCAAGGGCUCUUAAACAUAAGCCACUCACCUGCUUUGAGUGGUUUCAUCUAAUAUUUUCAGUCCUUAAAUGUUCUCCUGAGUGACACUCUCUAGUGAUUGUUAAGUGAACCUUCUUCUAUGACCAUGAGCUCAGCGGCUAAUGGUAGAUAAGGAUUUUGGAUGAAUAACCUAAUAGGAAUCUGAACAGAUUAUUCUUCUGUAGCUAGGGUCUUUUAUUACUACUUCUUCAUUCAGCCUUAUUUGAUUAUGAUCUGCCAACCACGUGUCCCUUCUCAAUUUCCUCCAAGUCCACAUUUUCUCGAACUGCUACCUCCUUAAGAUUUCCCCUGACACAUUUCAAAAUCUUCGCACUCUUGCAGAAAUGUUGUGGCCAGGAAUAUUUCUAAUUUUAUCAAGUCUUUAAGCCAUCAGAGAAAUUCUCCUUGGAAUGAGCUUUAUAUUUAAAGGCCAAAAGACAUGUUUUUUGAGGGAAUUAUUAAAAUCAUAUGUCAGUUUAUCAGUAGCAGUUAGAAUUAUGAGAUGUAUAUCCUGAUUAGCAUCUUCUCCUGUUUCAUUUUUAUUCUGGGAAUCCAUUAGGUCAUUUAAUCCAAGAAGGAGUUUUGUUUAAGGCUUGACGUGGACUCAUGAUUCUUGUCUGUUACAUUGUUCAUGGUAGAAAAAUAUCUGCCUUUUGUAGCGCCCCUAUUGGUUCCUCUAGCCAGCAUAUGGUAGACAUGUCUACACAUUAUUUGUCUAAUAUGGACUUUUUCUAUCAGGAAUGAUCCUUGUCAUUGCUGCUUCACAGCUCAAUGUUUUAAGUCAUUCUUUGCAUACUGAUGAGUAAUUUUAGGGAACUUCAGAGACUUCAAAAAUGCUUCAUGUCUGCCCCUGCAGAACUCACCAACCUCAAAUGCAUUGACCACUUUGCAUUUAAAUGUACUAGGUGAAACAAUAUAUGUGAUAUCUCUUGUUUGGACAAUUUAAGAUGGUCAUAAGAUUGCAUUGUUAUGUCACCUUGACCUUGUGGCUUGACUGUGGAUUUGAAGGAUCUUAAAUUACUAAUGUUACAUUGAAGAAAGAUGAGUUACAGGUUUUCAACAAUUGAUAUUGGUUUUAUUCUUGAGGAUAAGUCUAGACCCUACAAUCUAAUAUGUGCGGUGUUCAAAUGUCCUAUGGGAUUUUUAGAGAGUCAGUUGAUUUAGAACAUUGACAUGUGGACUGGAUAAGAGGAAAUCAAAGCCACUUUCAGAAAUGCACUGAGAUGUUCUGGCUUUUCUAAGAAGAAACAGAAAAAUAUGCCAUCUGUGUGCUUUAGGACUUCUGUCCCUAAUAUUGCAUAUUAACUAAUUUCUCUGUGGCCUUUUUUGGGGGGACCACCAAUUCUCGGUGUCUGGCAAAAACCCCUGUACAGUAUAGAUGUUCAAGCCUCCCAUUGUAUCCGAAUUUCUACAUGCCAAUUCUAGAAGGUACCAUGUGCAUAGACUACACUGUGAAUGGACUCUAAAGUUGUGCAGCCAUUGGUCCAGUCUUGAGCCCCAGACAAGAAUAAAGCCUUCUAUCCUUAUCCUUCUCUGAAAUAAUACUUCCAUUCUUAGUAUCCCCCUUUUCAUUUUGUUCAUUUUUUAUUAUUUUAUUUUAUUUUAUUUUAUUUUAUUUUAGAGACAGAGUUUCACUCUUGUUGCCCAGGCUGGAGUGCAAUGGCGCGAUCUUGGUUCACUGCAACCUUCGCCUCCCAGUUUCAAGCAAUUUUCCUGCCUCAGCCUCCCGAGUAGCUGGGAUUACAGGCAUGUGCCACCACGCCCAGCUAAUUUUGUAUUUUUAGUAGAGACGGGGUUUCACCAUGUUGGUCAGGCUGGUCUUGAACUCCUGGCCUCAGGUGAUCCACCCACCUUGGCCUCCCAAAAUGCUGGGAUUACAGGCAUGAGCCACCGUGCCCAGCCCUCAUUUUGUUUAUCUUUUUCCAGUAGCAAUUAUACAAUCAUUUGUUUAGUAAUUCAAAAAACAUUGAGAACCUACUAAGUGUCAACUACUAUUUAUAUGCUAAUGUUAGGGAUACAGGGAUGAAUAUUAAAUUCUUGCCUUUGAAGUCAUGUGAAGGAGACCUAUAUGUAAAAUAUUAUAGCAUGGAAACGUCUGAGGUGUGACAGAAGUGUGGAUGUUUGCAGUGUCAUAUACGAAGGGUAUCCAAUCUAGAAGAAAUGUGUCAGAAAAGGUUACAAGGAAAAGUGACCUCUGAACUUUGCCAGCUAUUAGUUAGCAAGAUGUGUUUAUUUCCUCUUUAGUCAUCAAACACAUAUAAAAUUGCCAAAGUGUUAAGAGCUCUAGAGAGGUACAGCAUGUUGUGAUAGUAUAUUUACUAUAAAACCGUGUAUUUGCUGAGUGCCUGCUUUGUGUCAGGCCUUUACUAGCUUUUGGCAAAAUAUAAUAAGCAAGAUAGAUAUGGUUCUUAUAUACAUGGAUUUUACAUUUUAGUGGAGAAGACACUCAUCCACAAGCAAUCAUAGUAACAUGGUGGCUGAUAUGAAUGGGGUCAUUAAUUAUGCUUUGGGGAGCAAGUAAGCAGAGGGACUUCUCUGGCUCUAAGGGAUCAGGAAAAUCUCCUUCAGGAAGCUGAGAUCUAAAAGAGGAAGAAGAGUUAGCCAGAUUAGGUGGUGCUUGGCGACUAUAGAAAGAAAAUGUCCCAGUUGCAAGGAACAGACUGUUCUGAGGCUGUAUUAGGGUUCUUCAGAGAGAAACAACCAAUAGGGUAUAUAUAGACAUAUAAGAGGAGAUUUAUUAUGGGAAUUGGCUCGCAUGAUUUUGGAGGCUGAGAAGUCCCACGAUCUGCCAUCUACAAGCGGAAGAACCGGGAAAGCUGGUGGUAUAAUUUAGUCAAUUCUGAAGGCCUGGGAAUAGAGGGAGCUGCUGGUGUAAGUCCCAGAGUCUGUAAGCCCAAGAACCAGUAGCUACAGUGUCCAAGGGCAAAAGGAGAUGGAUGCCCCAGCUUAAGGAGAGAAAGAAACAAGUUGUCCUUCUCCACUUUUUUGUUUCGUUCAUGUUCUCAACAGACAGGACAAUUCCACCUACAUGGGUGAGGGCAGCUCUUCUUUACUUAGUAUGCUGAUUUAAAUGCUAAUCUCUUCUGGAAAUACCCUCACAGGUACACCUAGAAAUAAUGUUCCACCAACUAUCUGGGCAUCCCUUAUCUCAGUCAAGUUGACACAUAAAGUUAACUCUCACAGGGGUGAAGGUUGAAGAAGUUUGGUGUGUUCCAGGAGCAUGAAGAAGCCUAAUAUAGUUAGAGGGUUAGGAGUUGGUCAGAAGGGAGGGAAGAUGGCAGGAAGUGAGAUUGGAAAAGUAAGGAAAGGACUGGAAUGUGAAGUGAAUGCCUUAUAUGUUUGCUUUUCUCAAGGAAUCUAGAAUUUAUCCUGAAGACAGUGGCAAUUACAGAAGGGUUGUGAAUCAUAGACUGUCCUAAUCAGAUUUCUAUAACAAGAGAUGAGAGGAUGCACUGGAAAAGCAAAGACAGGAGGCAAGACAUCUAGUUAGGAGGCUGUUGUGGUAAUCUACACAGGAUAUGAUAACAACCUGGAUGAGGGUGGUGGCAAAUGAGGAUGAGGAAGUCAUCCUCAUCCCCAAGAGAAAAGGAGACUAGACAACCCAUGGUAAUAGACUGAAAAACGGUAAAGGAGAGGGUUGUAAAGAUUCAUCCUUCACUCUUCUUCACCACAUUCUCCUCCCCCAAAUUCAUGACCUUCUUGCAGCAGAAUUGUUUUGUUCUACUUCUUCCAAAUGGAGAUUCCCAGACCUUAUCUUGAACCUGACAAAUUAGAACCUCAGGCCCAGGCACUGGUAUUUUUCACAGCUUCACCGCAGUUGACUUCUGUGCAUGUGAAAGCGUGAGGGUCUGCUGUCCAGCUCUAUGCAGAUUCAGAGCCCACAGCACUCCACGCAGCACUCAGAGCACAAGGGAGUAUCUGAGUCAAACUCCUUUUGGCCUUAAGGAGUUCGCUUGUCAUAACCAGGUGAAUUCAGAAGGAGUUUUCAGCUCUUAGGGUACCUAAAGGUAUCCUAUCUUAAAACCCAAACUAGGAUGGAGCCCAUCUAACACUAUCACCUAACCUUGCAGGUUAUGUCUUCAAGACCUAAGAAAGUAGCCCACCCUCCAUAGUUCUCAGGAGACAGCACUGCUGAAAUUCCACCUCCUAUUUCCCCAGAAAUAUGAAAUAAGUUUUCUUAGGCAACCCCCAAAGGAUAAUAAACAAGUUACUUUACACAGAGACUCUACAAUUUCCUGUGGUUGGCAGGUAUAAGGGCAAAGUUAUCAUGGUACUACCUCCUGUGAAUAAAGAAGAGAGGAAGAAGAGAAAGAAAGAUAGUUGCUUCAGCUCUAAAAGGUCGGUUCGGGGAUUCAUAUUGGAAACCAUUAAAGUCUCAAAGUUAGGUAGCAGUUUUCUGAAUUAUUAAUAUCUAACAUUAGCAUUAGAUACUAGUUUUUAUUUCUAUAUAAAGUUUCCCAAAUCUUCACUUUAUCACCAGUGGAAGUCUGGAGCUAAUACUGAUUGUGGACCUGUGUACACACUUCACAUUUUAUUAAUAAAUUCUGCAUUUAGUUCACACAGUAAUUUUGCAAAGUAGGUGUCAUGGACUGCAUUCUACAAAUAAAGAAAAGGAGGCCCAAAGAGCCACAAUGCCUGCCAAGGCCACACAGCUAAAAAAUAUUUCUAUUAGUCUGAAUUCCUGGAGAGACAAUAAGAAUGUAUGUAUGUAUAGAGAAGGAAAUUUAUUAUAAAGAAUCUGCUGAUGUUAUUAUGGAGGCUGAGAAGUCCCAAGAUCUGCAGUUGGCAAGCUGGAGACCAACGAAAGCUAAUGGUGUAGUUCCAGUUCAAAUGUAAAGGCCUGAGGACCAGGAGAGCAGAUGGUGUGAGUUUCAUUCCAAAAGCUGGCAUGCUCAAAACUCAAGACGAGCUAAUGUUUAAGUUCAGGUCUAAAGACAGGAAAAAAAAACCCAGUGUCUCAGCUCAAGGCAGUCAGGCAAAAGGAGUUCCCUCUUACUCUUACUCCUGGGAAGGCCAGCCUUUUUGUUUUAUUCAGGCCUUUAACUGAUUGGAUGAAGACCAUCGACAUGGGGAGGGAAAUCUGCCUGACUCUAUUUACCAAUUCUAAUGUUAAUCUCAUCCAUAAACACCCUCACAGAUACACCCAGAAAAAUGUUUGACUAAAUAUCUGGGUACCCUAUGGCCCAGUCAAGCUGACACACAAAAUUAACCAUCGCAGUGUGUAAGAUGACUAAUUGCCUCCAAAGCCCAUGCUCUUUCCACUCCCCUAUCUGCCUGCUGUGAAGUAUUUCUUAUUUCAAAAAUACAUGUUUUUCUUUUGCAAGAAACUCAAGAUGCACUUAAAAAAAUUAACACUUGAGACUAUUCAAAUAAAAGAUUUAAUAGCUUGCUUAUCAAAACAUAGUUAUCACCCUCCAUCUUCCAUUUUGCAUUUUUUGGGCUGCUAGGAAUAUGUGGUGUAUGGUUUUGCUGAGAUGUUUCCUGCAUACCUGAGCUAUUGGGUCCCUAAGAAAUCAAAUUUGUUUGUUUUUCAACUUGGCAUCAUAAUGCCAAGUGCAUAGCAUUUCUUAGUGCUGCCAAUAUCUUGAGUAAUCUUAAUCUUGUUAGAUCAAUAAUGUGAAAUUUUGCUAGUUGCCAUUUUAAUUGAUUUAAUUGAAAUUGAUUUGGCAUAAAUGAGUGGACAGAAAUUUAUUAACAGUGACCAUGAGGGUUUGAAGUAUCUGCUAUGUAAGAAGUAUGUGACUUUGAUUUAUACAUCUAAAGGCUCCCUCUUUCCAAGUUCUAUUAGAGAAACAAACCUAAUGUUUAGUCCUAAAAACUAUUAAACAUUGGUGAAGGUAGUAUAUGGAGAUUCUGAAAACUAAGUAUUUGGGUAUUCAUUUCAGUUUAUCCCAUUUCUAUCAUGUGGUUGGUUGUUAUAAUUCACAGUUACUGUAAACUACAUAUGUGUGCAUUUAUCCUUAUGUCUAUGUAUCAGAAAAUUUGAUUUUUCUUUUGUCAUUUGUGUCCCUAAAAUUCAGACAACACCACAGAAACGAGGAAGAGAUGAUAUAAUAGAGCAAAUUUUAUUGACCUUUGUUUUAUAUAUUUUUUAAAUUAAUUCUCUCCUAACACUUGGAUAUUUGUUUUGUUACGGAAAGAGUUUUACUAUAAUAAUUUUCGUCUAUCAGGAUUUGACAUGUAUUAAAGCAUAAAUAAAUGGUCUCUAAUUUUCUUGCUAUUUUUGAAAUUUUAAAUAUGCACUACCUUUUGUGCUUCCCUGUUCCUUUUCUUCUCCUUUUCUUUUCAAUUCUCUUCACUGUCCCUCCCUUCAUCCCACUCCCCACCCCCACCAAAGUGCUCUAUCACUGAAGACCUUCCGCAGCCCAUGGAAGAGCUAUUAGAAAUUUAUUAAGAACCAAUUUCUGCUUCUUUGUCAGGGACAAUCAUUUGUUUUAGAGCUGAUUUUCUGCCUUAAUUAAAUGAAAAUGUCACUCUGUCAAAUGAAUUCAUUUAUAUUUAUUAAUCCAGUUCUCCAGGCUUGAAUUUUCUAAUAGGGACUUGGGCUCAUCAUAUUUGCUCAUAGAAUAAACUGAAAAAUGUCUCUUACAUCAGUUUAAAAGACUCACAAAUUAUUGCUCCACCCUGUAGAAGUACUAUAUAAACAAAGCUGUGAUUAACAAAUGUGUGAAUGAUUUUCUUGUGUAGAUGCUAUCUAGGUGCAUAUAAAUAUACAUAUUUGGUUAUGUUGUUGCACACACAUGCGUCUGUGUGUGUUAGGGCAGGAAAGUGAUGAAUAUCCAUUACUGCGGUGCCUUAGUACUUUAAGAAAGUGUCAAAGGUAACAUUUUAGCCACCUGUGUGUUUUUAUUUGCCUUUUCAAAAUGCUAAUUGAUGAUGCAAAGUUUAAGUGCUACCCAGUCUUUCCCUCCAAAAAUAUUAAAGGAUUACUUAUGAGUAUGGUCUUUGUAUCUAACAUUGUAAUAGGUACUUAAAAAAAUUCAAAUGGAAUAAACAUAUUCAUUCACUCAUUGAACAGCUUUUUUUUGAGUUACCUACUAUGUGUCCGAUGAGGUAGUAGGAAUCAGUGAUGAACAGUGCAUCCUGAAUCCAUGCUUUUAUGGAGCUUACAGCAUCUAGCUCAUAGUAGGUACUUGGCAAACUGAAUGAGCAAAUAAGUGAAUUAAUUAAUCUUGCAAGAGAAAGAGACAUCAGACUGAUAAUUAUUAAGUUAUUAAUUGCAUUAAGUCCUCAAAGGAGAAUGUACAGACUUGAGAUUGUAUAGUGGGGACUCAUAAAGGCAGGAGUUGGAAUCAGGGAGAGUAUUUACAAAGAGGGAACAAUGAUGUUAAGAUAUUUUGCUAGAGCACAGGGGGUAGUUGUGAGGCGACACUGGAGAAUUUUGCCAAAGCUAGACCACCAGAACAUUUAGGUCAUAUUAAACAUGUGGGCCUUAACCCUAAGAACUUUAGACACUCGUGGAAGAGCUUUAAGCAGAGAUGUGACAUGAUCAGGUUUCAUUUUGAGAUUUAAACCCUUCCAGAAGGCCAGCACACUAGUUCUUUUAAGCUUUCUGCUCUGUUUCUCCAGAACACAUACUGAAAGGGGUAAUAUCACCUUGAAUUCUUCAAGAAAAAAACAAAUGCAAUUAAAGAAAUUCUUACUGGAAUGGUAGAAACUGGCACUGAUGCCUCCCUAGCACGAGUAGAGUUUGCUUUAGACUUUCUGGCCAUCUCACAACCAUAAAUGUGAACUCCUUAAUCAUCCACCCUUUGUGGCAAAAUCCCCGUGGGUACCCACAGCAUCUUCGAGGUCCCUUGUAUACACAUUACCAUUUUCCUUCCUAUAAAAAGCAUACUUUCAACUCUACCUUUUUGUUUUGUGUUUUGUUUGUUUUGUGUUUUUUUUUUUCUUUUACCUUAAGUGGUCUGGAGAAAAAACUUGUUUUAGAGGACUGCAAAAUUGAGUUUCCGACAAUGUAAACAGUGACUUCAUAAAGUAGGCAGUUUUAAUCUUUAAAUAAACCAUCCUUUUGUUUUCCUUUCUGUAUCAUAAUAAGAGUUAAAAUUAUGGCUUUGCAGUUUCUAUUGUACUGGGAGUCGAUUGGUCCCUUGAGUUAACCUGGCAUUCAGGUCAGGAAUUGCCAGUACUUUUGUUUCCUCAUCUUCAGAAUAGCUUCUGGUAGAUACUAAGAUUUGUUACAGUAAAGAUAUUUGAAAUACUUAUUACUUAGACUCCAGGGAGCCCAUCCUAUUCAAGCCUUGGUCUUAGAAGGAAAAGGUUGAGAAAGAGUUGAAGUCCCUCUUUAUCAGUGUACUUCUUUGUGUAUUGAUAAAGAUGACCACUGCCCAGGUGGAGCAAAAAGUGAUCUCCUGAGCAGGGUAGGAGAAUGGCUUUGACCCAGAGCUCCACCUCAGACCAUGUAAGGUCAGCUCGUAGAGUAUUCAGUUGAAUAAAUGUUUGCUGAACACUUAUUAUAUGCUAUAUAUAGGACCCUUCAGCCCAGUAAGUAUUGCAAAACCUUAGAGCUUUAACUUCUCCAGUUUUUGUCAGAAUUGGUCCACACCCCAGGAUACUUAGCCACACAUGAGGCCAGGGCAAAUAGCAACAUCAGUGAUAAUCAUUAUCAUUUAUUAUAUGUUUAUUAUGUUUUAGCACUGUUCUAAGCACUUUUUUAGCACUGUCAUUUUAUCCUUAUACCUCUGUGAGAUGGGAGUUGUUAUUAUCCCUUUUCUUCUGCAGAUCAAACAGCUGAGGCACACAGAAGUUAAAUUAUUUGAACCCAAGUCACACAGUAUAAGAAGUGAUGAAGCAAGGAUUUAAACACAAGCUCUCUCCAGGAGCGCGAUGCUCUUAGAUACCAUGCUACGUUUGUUGCUAUAACUGCAUACAUUGGGAAUAUAGUAUCUCAUCAUUGCUUUGUGCCAGGUGCUAGAGUUGCAACUGGGAACACAAUAUAAAUGGUCCCUGUCCUAAUUGGGUUUGGAACAUGGUGGGAGAUUAUAUGAGUCGGCUGGGGCUGCCAUAGCAAACUACCGCAGACUGGGUGGCUUAAACAACAGAAAUUGAUUUGCUUGCUGUCCUGGAGGCUAGAAGUCCAAGGUCACGGUGUUGGCAGCAUUGGUUUCUUCUGAGACCUCACUCCUUGGCUUGUCUAUGUCCAACUUAUCCCUGUGUCUUCACAUGGUUGUCACCCUCUGUGUUAGACCCAAGUCAUAUUGGAUUAGAACUUAUCCUAAUGACCUCAUUUUAACUUAAUUGCCUCUUUAAAGACCCUGUCUCCAAAUAUGUUACAUUUUAAGAUACUAGGGAUUAAUAUUUUAACAUAUUAAUUGGGGGGGCAGGGAAUAAUUCAGCCCAUAACAGAGAUAGUUGUUAAAGAAGGAGAAUACACACAUACACACACACACACACACACACACACACACACACAGUUUAAUGCCAUACCCUGUAUCAAUGAUCCAUUAUAACUACUUCUUAAGUGUUUUCUUUAAAGACUUGUUUUAUAUCUAUAAAUGGUCUAACAUGGGAUGUGUUAACAUAUUUUCAUUCUCUGAAUACCACCAUUCUCUCUCAUCCAAUGAAUUGGAUAUACUUUCAUCCCUGGAGUAUCCACAUACUACUCUGAACAUGCUCAGCCAAUUAACAGUCUUUAAUAUUCUAAGUUCAGUGUGCUCCUAGGUUAUAUUUAUUCUGCUUUGGCCUCUCUUCCUGUCAUUUAUUUUGUCAUCUGGUGAUUGGUUUUGAUGCAUAAUGACAGAAAAGGUGUGCAGGGGAUAGUGCUAAAACUACAGUAAAGAAACAAAAAAUAUAAUUAUGGGAUGUUAAAAUUCAAGGCUUAUAGAGACUCAAAUUUGCUUUUAAGGUAAUGGCUAAAGAAGCAGAAGAUAAUGGUAAGUAGGAAGUUAGGAAUGAUCUGGACUUCAUGAAAGUGCAACAUGAGUAUCACUACCAUCUGAAAUUGGCCGCUGGUUGUUGGAAAAAACCUAUGGUGAGAGGGCAUGUGAGACUUAAUGGGAUUUGAAAGAGUGAUUACCAUUGUCCAGUACCAAGUUGUGUUAAUACAACUUACAUACUGCUAAGUUGUAUUAAGGGCAAUAAAGGAAAAGUAUAAAAUACAAAGAGCAGCUCUAAGUUAGAGUGGGGAGUAAUAGUUACCUUUAAGUGGUAGUAAGAAGGAGAAAUGUGGUCUGGCCAGAUGAAAUAUAGGAGAAGAGCAAGCAUAUAGUUGGAAAAACACAUACUAAGCUCUGAGGCAGGAAAGUUUGUUUUGUUUUGUUUUGUUUUGUUUUGUUUUGUUUUGUUUUCAGAAGACAGGGCCUCGCUCCACUGCCCAGGCUGGAGUGCAAAAAUGCAGUCACAGCUCACUGCAGCCAUGACCUCCUGGGCUCAAGCAAUCCUCCCACCUUAGCCCCUUGAGUAGCUGGGACUAGAGGUGUGCACCACCACACCUGGCUAAUUUUUUUUAUUUUUUGUAGAGAUGGUGUCUCACUACAUUGCCUACACUGGUCUCAAACAUGGGCUUAAGGGAUCCUCCCACCUUGGUCUCCCAAAGUGCUGGGAUUACAGGUGUGAGCCACUGUGCCUGGCCUGAGUUUAGCAUUCCCUAGGAACUGAAUGAAGGCCACAGGUUGAAUCACAGAGCCCAAGAGAGAGUCAUGUGGCUGGGACACAGGCAAAGGCCAGGUCCUGUGGAGCCUCAAAGCUACAUUAAGGAUUUAGAAUAGGAUCCAAGAAGUGCAAUGAGAAGCCAUUAAAGAAUUUUUUUCAGUUUCAUUAUUUUUGACAACAGUAUUUAUUUUGGGGGUACAAUGUGAUAUCCAUGUAUAGAUUGUAGAAUGAUUAAUUAGGCUAAUUAACAUAUCCAUCAUCUCACAUACUAAUGGUUUAUUUGUGAUAAGAACAUUUAAAAUCUACACUUUUAGGCCGGGCGCAGUGGCUCACACCUAUAAUCCCAGCACUUUGGGAGGGCAAGACAGGAGAAUCACUUGAGGUCAGGAGUUCACCUAAAGUAAUAUGGUAAACCUUGUCUGUACUAAAAAUACAAAAAUUAGCUGGAUAUGGUGGUGCAUACCUGCAAUCCCAGCUACUCAGGAGGCUGAGGCACAAGAAUCGCUUGAGCCCAAGAGGCAGAGGUUGCAGUGAGCCUUGAUUGUGUCACUGCACUCCAGCCUGGACAACAGAGCAAGACCCUGUCUGAAAAAAAUAUAAAUAAAAUCUACACUUUUAGCAAUUUGAAAUAUACAUCAUUAUUAACUGUAGUCACCAUGCUGUACAAUAGAUCACAACAAUUUAUUCCUUCUGCUUAGUGGGAACCCUUUGAUUAUUUCUCCCUUUCAAUUUAAACAAGGGAGUGAUGAGAUCCCAUUUACAUUUUCAAAAGAUUGUACUGACAGCUGUGUGGAGAUGGAUUGGAUGAGAGCAGAAAUGAAACCAAGGAGGUCAGAUAGUCCAAUUUUGCAGAAAUGUAGAAGCGAACAGGUGACAGUUAAAACUGAGGUCAUAGCCAGAGCGAAUGGGGGGUGGAUAUGUUUGCAGAUAGGAUCAAUAGAACUUGGUACUGGAUUGCAUUUGGGAGGAGAAGGGCGCUUUAAGAGUGAGUGCAGGUGGUUGGCCUGAGCAGCCACAAAUGUGGAGGCCCCUGUGCUGAGGAAGAAGAAGCAUGAAGCAGAGAGUUGUCCUGGAAAUGAGAGAGGUCAGUUUGAGACAUGUGAGGUGUGAGGUCCCUUUGAAACACCCAAUAAAGCAGUCAGAUGUCUGAGUAUGAUGCUCCACUGAGGGACCGGUAUGAAAAUAGAAACCGAGCAAUCAUUAGAAUAUCUGUGUCAAGUAUGCCAUCGGAGUGGUGCAGUCACUCGAUCACUAGACAUUUCCGCCUUUCACUCACAUUAGGUUUUGUUUAUCAUCAAGUAAGAGAGCUGAAAGUGCAGGCUCAAAGUAUCCUGUGGGUGCUUCCCUCUCUGAGCUGCAGGUGGGCGUUUAUAUAUAUCAUGGGUCUCUUCUCAUGAAGGUUUGUUCGCAUGAAUAUCAGAAAAGGGCUUGAGAGGGAAAAGCUGUGCUAAGAAAGACUACGAAACAGCAUUGCAGGGCCAGGUGGUGCCCUACACCGGCUUCCAUUUCCAGCAUUACUUUUGUCAACAGUGGAAUAAACUAUCACAGAGUGGCUCACCAUGGUCUUGGGAGUCGAAGAGUCUAAGUUGACCUCCCAGCACUGUCCCUCACUCCCUGUAUAACCUUAGGCAAAUGACAGAUCUCUCUGAAAGUAAGUUUUCUUUUAAGUAAAAUGGGAGCACAUAUACCUAGCUCAGAGAGUUGCUAUCAGGAUUAAAAGGGAUAUUUUUGCAAAGUAAUUAUUAGCACAGAUCUCAAUAAACAGUAUAUAGUAAAUGGUUCUACUUCUAAGAACACGUUCUUUGUGGAGAUUAAUGUAAGGAUGAAGAAUGUAUUUUAUAAGGCUAUUCUAAUAAAUCAAACACUGAAAUUUCGUGAAAAUUCUCAAGCCAGCAAGAUAAGAGAGGUGAUCGUUUAGGGUAUACAGCUGUAUCACUUCCAUUAAAUUGCUUCAGACACAUGCUAGAUUUUUUGUCAACCAGAAUUACAGUCAAAGGUUGUACCAAUAUCUAAAGACAGUUUUCAGCUUUUGUGAACAAGUUUAGUGGGUGGUAUAUAUAAGCUUCUAUAUAGAGAUAUGCAUUUGGAUCUUUUUAAUAAUUUCCUUUGAUCAGACUGAAUAGCUGGUUGGAGAAUCAUUUCUAAUGUUUUAGAAAAUUUCUUUCUGUGUACAUAAAGAGGAUGUUUUACAGGAUAGAGAGGAUUUUUAGUUUUUUCUGGGACUAGAAGAAUCCUCACCACUACUACCUCCAAACUGUCUAGUCUAUCCCUUUGCUCUAUACCUUUGCAUUAAUUAUUAGUAGUUCCUUAUUUUUUAAUAAUUUUUAUUUCCAUAAGCUUUUGGAGAACAGCUGGUAUUUGGUUACAUGAGUAAGUUUUUUAGUAGUUAUUUGUGAGAUUUUAGUCCACCCAUCACCCGAGCAGUGUACACUGAACCCAGUCUUUUAUUUCCUACCCUUCCCCCAAGUCCCCAAAGUCUAUUGUGUCAUUCUUAUGCAUUUGCAUCCUCAUAGCUUAGCUCCCACUUAUGAGUGAGAACAUACAAUGUUUGGCUUUCCAUUCCUGAGUUACUUCACUUAGAAUAAUAGUCUCCAGUUCCAUCUUGCUGCGAAUGCCAUUAAUUCAUUCCUUUUUAUGGCUGAAUAGCAUUCCAUCAUAUGUGUAUACACCACAGUUUCUUUAUCCCCUUGUUGAUUGAUGGGGAUUUGGGUGGGUUCCAUAUUUUUGCAAUUGCAAAUUACACUGCUCUAAGCAUGCAUGUGCAAGUAUCUUUUUCAUAUAAUGACUUCUUUUCCUCUGGGUAGAUACUCAGUAGUGGGAUUGCUGGAUCAAAUGGUAGAUCUACUUUUAGUUCUUUAAGGAAUCUCCACACUGUUUUCCAUAGUGGUAUUUUUAAAUGUUCUGCUGAGAAAUAUUUAUGGUUAUUAUCCAAGUCAGUAUUUUUACUAAGUACCUGCUGGGUGCCAAGCACUCUCUGGACUCAAAUGAACAAAGCAAGGCAGACUCCUGUUAUUUCUGGACUCUGCAAAUGUGAUUUAACUGGAGGACAAUACAAGGAUAUCUGUGAUUUAAUUCUCAUUUGAGCCAUAUAUAAUUAAGUGCUCUGGAAUACCUCUGACCAGUAGAACUUCUGAAAUGAUGGAAAGGUUCUAGUUCUGCACUGUUCAGCAUAGCAGCCACUAAUGACAUGUGGCUAUUGAGCACUUGAGUUGUGGUCAGUGUGACUAGGAACUGACUUUAUACUUUAUUUUAAUUUGAAUAACCAGAGGUGGCUUCCAGCUACCAUACUGAAGAGCAUAGCAUCUAAUUCUGAGGAGGGAUGGUGUGGACUCCAAGAAUUCAGGAAGGAAGAAUUCUGAGCUUAGAAAUAAGGAGGAAACUGGAAGAAAACUCCAUUUAGGGUGGUAGCAUGAGCAAAGGCUGGGAGGAAGGAUAAGGUAUAUGGUUUAUGAAAAUUAUGGAGGAAAGGAAAUUGAGGGAAACAAGAUGAGAGAGGCUUUCUGAAAAUAGGAAGAAGGUUCUAGAAUCUAGACCAUUCCUCUACUUUACAUGUUUGUUGUAUUUUACUAGCACCAAACCUCUCAUUAUUUGGAAUAGUGUUUGCAUAGUGUUUAACUUUUUUAUGCCUUUUAUAAAUAAUUGUUUUCCACAGAGUCAUCAUUUGCAAUGUACAAGUUGUUUGUUGAAAUUUUUAAUAUCAGUCAGAUGGGAAUCUAAAGAGAAUUCAAAGAAGCCAUUACUUAGCAGAGGUUAAAGGAACUCAAAAGGGUUGUUAAGUCACCCAGGAACAAGCAAGGCAGAGGCCUAAGUGGCAAAAGUGUGGGAGUGUGUUAAAGAGCUCUGAGAAGAGCUGGAGCCUUGGAGGAGGGGUCAGAUGCCUGCAGGGAGGGAGGAAACAUCUCAGAGCAGGGCAGCCAAUGCCAAAACUGUCAGGGGCAAGCGGGGUGGGGAGAGGAAAGGAUAGCCUCACCUCUCACCUCCUGCCUCCCACUGAUACCACUUACUGGCUAAAUGCAUCCAGAAGCUAGAGGGCAAGGGAUGGCAGGCUGCAUAGUCCACAGAGCCCAGCACUUCAUUGGCACAGAGCUGGACUGAAGAGACAAGAAUGGAUAGCGAGGGAGGGGUGGGGAAAGGAAAUGGAAAUAAACAGCACUGUUAUUUUCCCCCCUUAAUGUUUAAAAAAAUAAUAAUGUCUUAGUUUCAGCUGCUAUAACAAAUCUGCCAUUUUCUGGGUAACUUAAACCACAGAAAUCUAUUUCUCAUGGUUCCAGAGGCCGGAAAGUCCAAAAUCAAGUUGCCUGCAGAUCUGGUGCUUGGUGAGGCCCUUCUUCCUCAUUUGUAGACAGUUGCCUCACACGGAGGAGAGCAGGAAAGGAAUUUCUCUUCUGUCUCUUCUUACAAGGGCGCUAAUCUCAUUCUAAAGACUCCACCCUUGUGACCUUGUUACCUCCCUAAAGCCCUGUUUCCAAAUACCAUCACUUUGGGAAUUAAGGCUUCAACAUAUAAAUUUUUCUUUUGGUGGGGCACAAACAUUAAGUUCAUAGCAAAUGCUAAAAGGAAAACCAGUUUACUAUCUAGUAUGUUGGUUAGAUUAUGACAAAACCAUAUAAUGGUAUGAGAUGCAGCAUUGAAAUUACAUGUAAUAACAAGAGAACAUGCUCACUAGAUAUUAAGUGAAAAUAUGAAAACAUCACAUACAAAAAGAUCAAAAUAUUGUAUUUAGUAGUGUAUAUACAAUAAAAUAUAAAUGUAUAUUAUUUUCACACAAAAAAACUGAAAACAUACAGCAAUAUUUUAACAGUGGUCUAUCUGGAUGGUGGUUUAACGUGAUUUUUAUUUUCCUUGUAUUCUCUCAGGUUUUCCAAAUUUUCUAAAGCAACAUAAUUAUUUUUAUGAUCUUGAACAAUGUUUCUGUUGUUUUUUGAUAUACCUGCAGGGCUAUAUUGAGUAGAGAGAGGUAUAUGGCCAAGUUCCUUUUUAUCAGUCAUUUGCUGGCUCUACGGUUAGCAUAGGUCUUUGCAUGUACCCCUUUCUACAGUGACCAGGCACCUUAGCUGCAUUUCUUAGUGCAUUAAAAACGAGACAAGCCAAUAAAAUGCUCUUCUUUAAAAAUAUUCCUUUGAGAAACCGUGAGGUACUGGAGAGUGGCCUGAUUUCCUAUUGAUCGUUUUAUUGCCUCAAUUAUUUUCUCAAACACGGUUAGUUAAUUCAGAUCCCCACCAACCACUUUUCCCCAUUGUCUAUUACAUUUGGUCUCUGUUAAAUAUGAAUCUUUGGUGACACUUCCAUUACUAAAUUGACAGUUGCAUAAUGCUUUAUUGGCAUCUGUAAGAAUGGUACAUAUUUCUUAGGAACUAUGGAGACGGUAGGCUUCUUUUUUUUUCUGAACCACCUAAGCAUAGCCAGUUGUGUGUGCUCUUGUAAUUUUAAUCUUUAAAACAGCAAUCCAUCUGUUUCAUGGUUUUAUUCUUUCCUAAUAGAAAGAAUUUCCUCUUACUGUCUUACUGAUCUACAACCAUUUGACCAUGAUGGACUCUUGUAAAUGGAAUUAUCUGAAGUGAUUUGAUGACUUCUCACAUUAGUUUUCAUUUCAGUAAAUCCACUCCCUCUUCCUGGCUUGCUUUUUAACCUCCAGCUGCUACCCAAUUAUUAGUUGUUGGAUGACUGCUUCAACAGCAUUACUGUAGUGCUUGCUUGUAGCAGACAUUAAUAAUACUAAGCAGUUUGUAAAUGUGCACAGUGUUAAACGCAUAUAAGGAUUGUUUAUAACUCUAAUCAUAGUUUUGCUACUCGUAAGUUAGGAUUCUUGUGGUUGCAAGGAACAGAAAUCAACUCAAGGUGGCUUCAGCAAAACAAUGGGCCAAAUACAUUGGUUGGAUAAUCCUAAUACACAUAAAGAAGGAGUGUUCACCAGGGCUUCAAGACAAAGAGCCAGCAAGGAUUCCAGAAGAAUGAGAACUGUGAACUGGAAAACCAACAAGAAUUCAGACAAUCUGCUCUCAUUUUCUCUUGUUUCUGCUUUUCUCUCAGUCUACUUCUUCAUUUUUUAGACACACUCUGCAGGUUGAUUCACAGAAUGGCAGAAGGUGACUUCCUACUCUUUCCAAGUUGACUGGCUAUGCCCAGAGCCCUCAGAACUCUCUCAAGUUCUCUCUCAAUUUCUCAACUUUCUGCUCCCAGAAAGGAACUUGGGCAAGUUCCUUUCUUUUCUUAGUCUAACUAGUGUAUGUCAAUCCUACAUACACAUACAUAACCUGAUAGCCUUGCUAUCAGGUUAGGGUUAACAUACACUAGUGAAUGGUUAAACCAUGACAGACCACAGCACAAUGAGGUAAAUGCUGUGAUUGAGGCAGCUAGAGAGGAAGUUCUGCCACUCCCUACUGUAGGACCUUGGGCAAGUUCCUUUCUUUUCCUAGCCUCACUUUCCAGUAAAAUAAAAGGAGAAUGUUCUGCCGCUUUCCAUCCCAAUUCCAAAUUCCCUGGACAGGAACUCUAAUUGACCCAGCUUUGAUCUAAUCAGCAACAACUGUAGGCAGAGUUGAGAGGUACGUCCCUCACUGCCUGCAGACAUCCCAUGUCCCCUGUGAUCAUUUUGAGAGGAUCAGACCAUUUUACGAGGUGUCAAUCAUAAUUAAUGUGUAGUUGAUGCCUUCCUUGUACUUAAUAUAUUACAGAGAUACAAAUUUGCCAAAGUAAGCAUCUUUUUACAUUAAUAUUUAGAAGAAGAAGAACCAUAUAGCUCAUAAGGAUGUGGCCAGGGAAGAAGUAGAUUUUGGAGACUCAUGUCCCACGUGGUGAGAAAGAGUAGAUUUUGCAUUCUUCACUUAAGAAAUUGUCAUAGAGAUAUUUCAGGGAGAUGAUGGGAUGUGAUCAAAAGAACUGAAGUAAAAUAUCAGAACUAGGAAUGACACUGAGAAAAGUAAAAUAGAAAAGGAUUAGCUUAUAAGAGGCAGGCAGGUUUCCCAUUGUGAAUAUGGCUGUUUGAGUACCACAUUUAUUAAGAAUCUACUAUGCUAUGGUCUAUACACCAAAGCACACAUAUUUUGUGAAGCUUGAAUCCUGGACAUGAGAAUAUCUGUUUUGAAGCAACCAAAAUAUGGUUAGCCUUUCUGUGUGGGCCUUAUUGCAUUAUAUCCCCAAAUAAAGAUAUAUAGGUAGUCACUCACUUAAUAGACAUUUGUCCAACACUGCUAAGCCUCAGGCAAAUCCUAGGCACUGUGGUUAUCAAACAGACCUUUAAAUGAGUAUUAGUAAUAAUUAAGCUCUGUGGCAGGCACUUAGGUCAGCACUUCACAUUCUUUUAACUCAUUAUUCUCAAAAUACACACCAGGAAGUAGGUUCUUCUGUAAUUUCCAUUUUAUAGAGAAGAAACAAGGCACCAAAACACAAGAAUGAUGAGGCUGGAGCUUGACCUCAGGUCUACCUGACUAUAAAACCCUUGGUUGUAUUGAUUUAGUUAACAUUGCUAUCAAGUUAGGAUUGACAUACACUAGUGAAUGGUUAAACCAUGACAAACCACAGCAUGAUGAGGUAAAUGCUGUGAUUGAAGCAGCUAGAAGAGGAAGUUCUGCCACUCCCUACUAUGGGACCUUGGUCAAGUUCCUUUCUUUUCUUAGCCUUACUGACCUGUAAACUAAAACGAGUAAAGGACUGAUCUUACAGGUGAUUGUGUGGAGUAAGAGAGCUGGUAAUAGGUGAAGGGCUCUCACAAUGGUAGCUUUUGUUUUUGAGCCAGAGUCUCACUCUGUUGCUCAGGCUGAGUAACAGCUCACUUGCAGCCUUGACCUCCUGGGCUCAAGCGAUCCUCCUACCCCAGCCCCUUGAGAAGCUGGGACUACAGGCAUGUACCACCACGGCUGGCUAGCUUUUCAAUUUUUUGUAGAGAUGAGAUCUCACUAUGUUGCCCAAGCUGGCCUCAAACUCCUGGGCUCAAGCAAUCCUCCCAGCUUAGCUUCCCAAGGUACUGGGAUUACAGGUGUGAGGCACAGUGCCCAGCAGGUGGCUCUUGUUAUUAUCCACAAAGUGCUCUGUACGGUGAAAACAGGUACUGCCUGAGUCUCUGAGGACUCAGGGAGGAAACGAGCUUUGAUGCAUCUGAUGUUGCUAGGUAAAGAGACAAAGGUUGGACAUUCAAUGUAGAAGGAUCUAUAAACAAAGGCUCUUCAUUUAUUCAAUGCACAUUUAUUGAGCAUGUACUAUGUGCCAAGCACUGAGCUCAGUGUGUUAGUUAGGGGUAGAUAAGCACAGCACCAUGGAAGCCUGUAGAAUGUUCUAGAGCCUGACUUUAAACAAUAGAAGAACCUGAGGAAAGUUGCCACCAGGAAAUAUCUGUGAGAACAGUUAUGGACAUGACAAACCUAAGAUUGUCUCAAGGAGACAGCAAACCAAUUUCCUCACCAAGCCCUUUCAAAGUUCUGUAUUCAGCAACUGUUUUAUCACACCUUGUGCACUGAGGGGUUACCCCUCCAUACUUUUUACAUCCACCUGUGUCUACACACUACAAAAUAAAUCACUGUCCUUCAUUUUCCAGGAUGACACAGCUGACUUUUCAUAUAUCUCGAUGAAGGAUUAUUCAGUUAUACAGAACAUUCUUCAACUGGAGAUAGCUUGAGAAGGGGUAAAAAAAAGGUGUUAAGGCAUAUUAAAAAUUGGCUUAUUCUAGUGGCAGUUUGUCAUUUUUCAAUUUGGCAUCUUUCCCUGUUCUUUUUUCUACCGUGAAGAUCUGUAUGACUCUUGAUUCAGAGGGGAUUUUCUUGUGAGGUACCUUUCUCCAAGCAUAUGGAUAAAAUUGCCAGGUUUAAUUGAAGGCUGUUUAGAGUCUUGCUCUAUUUACAGUCAAAAGCAGAUCACUUCUGUUCUUGGCCUCGGUCCUAGACUCCCAGGAAAUUAAUGGUGCCUCUUGGCCUGUGACAGUCUGUGUUUACUUCCUGGAAUUGGCUUCUGGCUUUGAUUGGCCUUGAGUGUCAGGGCUUCCUCGGCCCAGGUGGGCCAACUCCACCUGGGACUGUUCUGGUUCCCUCAGGUUACCCUUGUCAUUGACCAGCUCAUCCUAUAGUCUCUGAAGCCACAGGAUUGUUGUCUGUGCCUUCCUGUGAUUCAUAGCACGGAGCAAAGGAUCAAAACAGCUUGAGCUGGAAAUAACUUCAUUUACUUUUUUAAAAAAGUAAUAAGCAGGCCGGGUGCGGUGGCUCACGCCUGUAAUCCCAGCACUUUGGGAGGCCGAGGUGGGCAGAUCACGACAGGAGAUCAAGACCAUCCUAGUGAACACGGUGAAACCCCGUCUCUACUAAAAACACAAAAAAAUUAGCUGGGCGUGGUGGCAGGCGCCUGUAGUUCCAGCUACUCGGGAGGCUGAGGCAGGAGAAUGGCAUGAACCCCGGGGGGCGGAGCUUGCAGUGAGCGGACGUCACACCACUGCACUCCAGCCUAGGCAACAGAGCGAGACUCCAUCUCAAAAAAAAAAAGUAAUAAGUGGUCAGGAGCAGUGGCUCACGCCCGUAACCCCAACACUUUGGGAGGCCGAGGCAGGUGGAUCACUUGAGGCCAGGAGUUCGAGACCAGCCUGGGCAACAUGGCAAAACCCUGUCUCUACAAAAAUUUAGCCAGGCAUGGUAGCACAUACCUGUAGUGCCAGCUACUUGGGAGGCUGAGGUGGGAGGAUCACUUGAUACUGGGAGGCAGAGGCUGCAGUGAGCCGAGAUGGCACCGUUGCACUCCAGCCUGGGCCACAGAUCGAGACCUUGUCUCAAAAAAAUAUAAAAAAUAAAAAUAAGUAAUAAACACAGUUGUAGCAGUUGAUGUGUCCUAAGCACUGUUCUUGUUUUACAGGUAAGGAAACUGAGACACACUAAGGUUAAGCAGCUUGCUAUACAGCUGAUCACUGGCACAGCUGGGAAACUAGCCCCGGCAGUAAGAUUCAGUGCGUGCACUGUUAACCCCUGACUGUGCCACUUUGCCAUGCUUAGAGGUAGCCUAGUUCAACCUCCUAUUAGAUAAGUUAUUCUAUAAAAAAGCUCUUAACACACAGUAAGAGCUAUGUAAGAGCUAGUUAUUAUUACUAGUGUGUUUGAUGAUGGUGAAAACUGAAGCCAGACAAGUGAUGGAAGUUUGUCCAUUUAGUCCAGGAUUUCACAAAUUGUAUUCUGUAGAACAUUUGUAUCAACAGGAUGUUAUAAGUGUUCUUUUUAAAAAAUAUUAUAGUCAAAUAGGUUUGGAAAAUAUACAUUUAAAAAACAGCCUUUUAUAGUGUAGUACUUCUCAAACCCUUUAAUAUGCUAAUAUGCAUUAUCAAUCUUCAAAAAGCUGUAGUAUCCAGACUUUUUCCACCUUUCCCCACAUUUUACACAUAUUUGAGACCAUUGUGGAGAAAGCAGUUAAGAUAGCAGGCCUUAGAUUGUUUUCCUUAGAAGGUUGUGAUUGCAAGGUUGGCCCCUGCUGGUGUCUAGAAAACUUGGGUUUUGGGAGGGUUCCCACACUCCCUAACCAGAAUGGUUCACUGUGCCUGAACUGUUUGUAUAAACAGUGUCAUUUAUGCUGAACACCUGCUUUCCUUCUGGGAGCCUAGAAUUUUGGCACACACUAGGAAGGAUCCCCAGUAAAAACCUUGGACACUGAGACUGGGCCCAGUGGCUCAUGCCUGUAAUUCCAGCACUUUGGUAGGCCAAGGCAGGAAGAUCACUUGAGCCCAGGAGUUCAAGACCAGCCUGAGCUACACAGCGAGACCCUGUCUCUACAAAGUAGUUUUAGAAAAUUAACCAGGCAUGGUGGCACGUGCCUGUAGUCCCAGCUAUUCAAGGUGGGCCAUGGGGGUAAAGGGGUACUAAGGCAGGAGGAAUCCCAUGAGCCCGGGAAUUCGGGGCUGCAGUGAGCUGUAACUGCACCACUGUACUCCAGCCUGAGCAGCAGAGCAAGACCCUGUCUUUGACAACAACAGCCACCUUGGCCACUGAGUCUCUGAUGAGCUUGCCUCAUAGACAUUUCACAUGUGUUGUCACAACUCCUUGUUGGAGGAAUUCAACACAUCCUGUAUGACUCUACUAAAGGAAGGACUCUUGUUGGCUCAUGCCUGGUUUUCUCUGGACUCUGUCCCAGGUGCCUUUUCCCUUUGUUGAUUUUGCUUUGUAUCCUUUUGCUAUAGUAAAUCUUAGCCAUGAAUACAACUAUAUGCUGAGUCCUGUGAGUUCUAGUGAAUCACAGAACCUGGGGUUGCUCUUAGAGACCCCCUGUCACAUCCAGAAAAUUAUUUCCCUCUCAAUGCCUUUUAACAUCUCAUGGGUCAUUGGUUCUACAGCAUGCAGCCCUGAGGAGCUGUUCAAUCCCACAAGUUAGAGGCAGAGAUUAGCCCACAUAAUUAUUCUGGGCUUUUGGUGAAAAAUGUUAGGGUUCCGAAGGCUCAUGUGGAGUAGCACUUUCUUCCUGCCUGGGACACAUAGAUUGAAUAUAUAUUGAGAGACCAAAACUGACUAGUACAUUUCUACCACCUUUCUGGAAUAUUCAGUUGGGAAGGAUAAGCCUGGAAACAGUAGCCUCAAGACAUAACCAUCCUUUAUGUUCUUCCAUUUUUAGAUUUAGCUCUUUAGCCCAUAUUAAAAUUAUUUGUAUAAAUCUAUAUUACCAUGUGUAUGAAACUAUAAGAAAAUUACAUAUAUAAUUUAUAUAGUUUUAUAAAGUUUAUUUACUACAUCUAAUCAGAAAACCCUACUAAAGGGAUUAUGUGGCUUUUGGGGCCUCAUGCCGGAGCCUGUGACAUCCCUCGAUAAUUAUGAUUUCCCUGAGUUCAUUUUACAGAAUAAACAGAUGCACCAAGGGUCUCCAGAGAGCAAGUAGGCUGCUGCGGUGCAGGACAAGCCAAAUGGAGACGGUGGUUAGCCCCAGCAUCUGUUCUCUCAGCACCUUUCCUGGUACUCCUCCUCCUCCUCCUCCACAUUCUUCAUGGCUGACUUGUCUUCCUUUUAUGUGUUUUCCAGAUGCCAAAAGUUAUAUUUGCAUAUCCUCUACCAUGGGUGGGGAGCUGUGUCUCCUGCAGUCCAGCCAGCUCCACUUUACUCCCCUACUUUGUAUGCCUAGACCAACCUACCCUGUCCUUUGACCUUGUUUUCACUGCUCUUGACCUGUUGCCAGUUAAUACAAUCUUACUCCAACAAGCCACCAGGGACUAGUUGGUUUAACUGGCUCCUUGCCCCAUUGGCUAGUUGGACAGAUAAUUCUCUAAGCAGUUUGUCUUCCUCACUGUCUACACCCCACGCUUAUGCUGCAUCAUGCCUUCAUUUAUGUCUUUCUUCUACAUCUUUGUCCUUUUUGACCUCUCCAAAUCCCAGCUCAGGUUCCACUCUGUCCUCUGAGAAAUUGGCCCUCCUCAUUGUACCACUACUAACCUUUCCAGACCUGUGCAUUCUCAUCAGUAUCUCUGUCUCUACCAUACACCUUAGCACGUAUCACUUUAUUGCUUAUACAGUCAUGCAUUGCUUAGUGACAGGAAUAUGUUCUGGGAUAUGCAUCAUUAGAUAAUUUCAUUGUGUGAGCAUCGCAGUGUGUGCUUACAGAAACCUAGAUGGUAUAGCCUAUUACAACCCUAGGAUAUGUGGUAUAAUCUAUUGCUGUAGGCUGCAAACCUGUACAGCAUGUCACUAUACUGAAUACUAUAGGUAAUUUUAACACAAUAGUUAGUAUUUGUAUAUCAAAACAUGUUUAAACCUAGAAAAGAUAGAGUAUAAAUGCAGGAUAAAAAAUAAAAAAUGGUACCCUCAUAUAGGGCAUUUACCGUGAAUGAAACCUGCAAGACUGGAGGUUGCUCUGGGUGAGUCAGCGAGUCAGUGAGUGGUGAGUGAAUGUGAAGACCUAAGACAUUAUUGAACACUACUGUAGACUUUAUAAACACUGCACACUUAAACUAUACUACAUAUAUAAAAAUAUAAUAAUUGUACUGUAAUGUUACAAUGGUUAUGAUGUUACUAGGUGAUAGGAAUAUUUCAGCUCCAUCAUAAUCUUAUGGGACCACCAUUGUAUAUUGAUUCAUUUUUUACUAAAAUGUCAUUAUGUGGCAUGUGACCGUACAUCCAAGACCCAGUGAUUGAGUUCCUGCUGAGAGCCUUUCAUUCCACUAAAAAAUGGAGAUACCAAAGAGAAUAAAACAAGUCCCUGCCCUCAAGGAGUUUACUGUCUAGUUGAGCUAUGACAUGGUGUGUUAUCCUAUUCUUUAUCACAUGCUAGUGCUAUUCUACAUGAGAGCUGGGAACUCUUCUUCUGUUGUUUCCAUUUCCAGAGUGAUGAAUGAUCAAUAGGAAACAAUGGUUAAGAGCUCAGGAACAAACCCAGUUCAUAUCCCACUUCUGCAGUUUACUAGCCAUGUUAGCCUCUAUUUCCUCAUCUUUAAACUGGGAAUAGUUAUAUCUACCUGUUACAAUGUUGCAAGGGCUGACUUUGAUAAAGUUUAUAAAGUGCUCAGCACUGGGCUAAGCAUAUACUAAUCACAUAAGGAGAAGGUAGCUGUAAUUCUUACGAAGUUGGCCUACGACACAAGCCUUUGUGGUAUUUUUCCCUGGAACUCUGACCUCAGAGCAGCCCUGGGAGAUGUUUCCUAGUGGACAAGGUCCCAGCAUUGUACUGUCAACCUUCCCACAUUAGUUCAACCUGAGCAGGAUAGGGGGAGUUAAAACAGAAUGCAACAGUGAGUCAGAAAGUCAACAAUGAGUGUAAAGACCUACAGGGCUUCCUCUGCACAAGGACAUGGAUUUCCACAUCCAUGUUUGGCUUGAAGUUUGCUGUCCCUAGCUUGCUUCAUUUCCUGGCAGUCACUAGAGGCAGAAUGGAAGCUGGAAGUCAGGAAGGAA